CGUAAACUUGGGAUGGAUGUGUCACCAUCCGCCUGCUCCAUAUUGAGGUUCAAAUAUAAACCUAGAGAUUCUAGCGUCUGCCAUUUAUGUCUGUCCUUCUAGUUGUUUAGGGAGGGCAAGGCUCUAGUUAACACGCUACAACUAGGUCGUGCUGUCAAAAGCUUCCAUGGGAUACUUCCCACAAGCGAACAUUUGCGCUAGAAUUCUGUGAUUUACUAGGAUAUUUUUCAAACCAGAUAAAAUUCUGAUCCCAGUAAUCAUUCACCAGGCAUUUGGACCCCACCGAUUGAGCGCCAAGCCAUAGUUUUUUAACGCUUGCAUUAGGAGCCUUUUGAAGGGCAGUCGGAGCCCCGCAUUGAAGUCUUCCUGAUACAAUACAAUGUUGUUAUCCCCGGCAUGUAAAACAGUUUUAAAACCGAGGGCAAAAUGUAAAUCAUAGACAGGAAACGACACAACUACAACUAUAAAUAGCUAGGAAACGAGUAUUUUGUCGUGUACACGCAACAAGCAAAGCUAUCUUAAAAAUCAGAAAUUGAGGAUAAGAGAGAGUGAGAAAGAGAGAUGGCGAUUCAACUGAAGCUGAACCACCUCCACACGUAUGCUCUGAAGCAUGAGAAACAACGCAAGCCGGGUCUCUCCACCUCCGCCCCGCAAAGAUCACAAAAAUUUCAAGCCAAAGCAGCGCCCAAUGCUCGGCAGCUUUUACAGUCCGGUGCUAUUAAACCCAUACCGGCUAAGGACGCAGCCAUGGCCAUGAGUUCAGAAGGUUUUGUGCUUCUCGACAUCAGACCAUCGUGGGAGAGAGAAAAGGCACGAGUAUCAGGAUCACUACACGUUCCAUUCUUUGUCCAGGACUUGGAUAACGGUCCUUUAACCCUUCUGAAGAAGUGGGUUCAUUUUGGCUACAUUGGGCUUUGGACUGGCCAGAAUUUCACCACAUUAAAUCCUGAUUUUCUCCGGCAGGUAGAGACCGCUGUUCCUGAUAAGGACACCAAGCUUCUUGUAGCUUGUGGAGAAGGGCUCAGGUCCAUGAUGGCAGCUUCAAAGUUGUACGAGAAAGGAUACAGGAACCUCGGAUGGCUGGCCGGAGGAUUCAAUCGCGCCGCAGAUGGUGAUUUCCCAGAUGUUGAAGGACCAGAAGAAUUACAAUAUGCAACUAUAGGGGGCGUAUCGUACUAUUUCCUUCAAUUGCUAAUUCUCUUACAGGCUGUAGGCAAGAGCAAUUGAUAGGCUAAUGAUAUGACUCUGUUAUAGCUGUCCUUGUUCAAGUAAUUCAAGUAGCAAUUACAAGGCGUGUA